AUGCCCUUGGAUGCUGAACCAAGAUAUGUCUCUGUUUUGAGCUACAACCUUUUAGCGCCAGCCUUUGUACGUCCUGUUGAUUUGCGGACUGGGGAGAUACAACCCUUUGCAGCCUUCCAGUGGGCUUCAGAGGAGGAUUUAGAUUGGGAAACUCGGAAGCGCAAACUGCUGGAGCAGUUGCGAUCUUGGCACGCUGAUGUGGUGUGCUUGCAAGAAGUUCAAUUCCAUACAGAGCCCGAUGGAUCCUUCAGUCUUCCAGAGUGGAUAGAAGAGCUUGAAGGGUAUACAGCCUGUUUGCCUGGAGACAAAUACUUGACACAGAUCGCUGAUAGAAAUGAGCGCGUCCUUGCAAAUCGAGUUGCCGUUGGAUGCGCCCUUCUCUUCCGCAGCGACCGUCUUGUGCGGAGUUCUAGGGAGGAGGCAGGCGGCGAUCCAAACACACUGGUGUGUGCUUGCUUGGAAGGGCGCCCGGAGUCUGACCUACGUUGCUUGGAAUCGACCGCCUUUUUUUCGGUUCAUUUGGAUGCUCAAAGUGAAGAGAAGAGAGUUGAUCAGCUCCGAAAGUGCUUGGAUAAAGCUCGUGCUCUUGGUACAAGGGAUGCAAUUUUUGCAGGGGAUUUCAAUACUGAAUGCUUGCCGGGCUCAUGCGUAAGAGCGUUCAUUUCACCUGAGCAGCCAAGCGAUGCUGACAUGCUGCGGGAGUGCGCAUCUGCACUUCGUAUUGCCAGCGCAGAGGACGCCCAGCAUGAUGCGCGCGCAGAUGAUGAAAGACCAGAAUCUGUCCCAGAGCCAUCAGAAGAGAAAUUGGAGCAAUGGAAGCUUCUUUGGGAGAAG